CUCAUGAAAGUGAGGCUUCUCUGACAAAUGAGGAAAGAGGCAUUGAUAAUUUCGUAAUCCAGCGCUGGAAGGCGCCAGCUCAUUGAUGAAAUAUCGGUCGAUGGAAGGCUAGCGGACGAUCAUAAUAAGAUAUUGAAUUCGUCUGUGAGACAACGAUCGAUUAACCGAACAUCAAAAGCAGUAUCCGUUCACUUCCUUUGCCAUAUCGAUUGACCUACUUUCACAUACGUUGCUUCUCAUUCAAUGUUCUGCGGGUGUACCUCUCGGCCUUGAGCAAGCUAUGCGUAGGACCUGCUGCUUAGUGCUCGAAGGUUCGAAGGUGUUCGAAGACGACCAGAUUGUGCCCGACUGUUCGCUGCCAACGAAAGUGGAAAAUAUAGAACCUCUUGGUGAAGUGUGGCGAGCCCAACAGGCUAAGAGCGAACUGGACACGUACUUAGGGCGGCACGAAUGGGCCCGCAUGCCGGAAGCCCUACCGCAGAAGCCUCGGCGUGAAAGUGCGUCUCAAGUGGACGAGUUCUUUGAAGAACAUACAGAGUUCGUCCCUAGCAACCAUCUCGGGGUCGCUAUGGUCGGCUACAGUAUGUACGGGUCUCCGACUCAGGCUAAUCGGAUAAAUAACGGUUUUAAUCCCGAGAUUCGAGGUGGUCAGACAUCGCACUUCGACCGCCCGUACCACCACCACCACCACCACCACUAUCAUCAAACAAAUGGCGGCUUAAGCCCGAGUUUUGGGUGUGGUUACGCGAAAACCGACGACGAAGUAUUUCUGAAGCCAGCGCCGGUACCAAGUCCAGAGAUGAAGCCGACCCUCUGGGAAGACGUUACAGCACCCAUGAAAAUGGAUUCAGAAGUGGUGGCCAUCAAGUGCGAAGCCUUACAGCCUUGUUCUUACUCUACAUCCCAGGGUGCUACUAAACAAGAGAAGCAUUCCAACUUGCAGGGACUGUCCCCCGGUCAGUUUACGAUGCAGAUGUCCAGUCCGAUGUCAUCACCAGAUGUUCCUUCAGGAAACAACUUGCAAGGUUACAGGUUUCCACAUCUGUCGAGAGUCUGUAUGCCACCCACUCCGCCAAACUCUGAACCGGGCAGCCCUUCAACAGAAACGUUCACGUUGGGUCGACGUACACCGCCACCUCCUUACCCGCUUUCUUCGCAGGGUUCUACUGCCCUUCCAGCUACGUUCAUGGGCGACGUCCAGUCGAAUAAACCUUUCAACCGGAGGAACAAUCCAGAGCUGGAGAAAAGACGGAUCCAUCAUUGUGACUUUCCUGGUAAGUGUUAA